AGAAGCAGCAUGUGCACAACGUGUACGAGAGCACAGCCCCUUACUUCAGCGACCUGCAGAGCAAAGCCUGGCCUCGUGUCCGCCAGUUCCUCCAAGAACAGAAGCCAGGCAGCAUCGUCGCAGACAUAGUCAGCAAGUGGUAAGAAUCUUUGGAGAGACAACAGGAGAAUAAAGGCCGUCACAUGCGUGUAUAUACAAUGAAAUAUGGAUGUGAGCUUAGAGGCUGCACACGGUCUCUGGGAUACUAGAACUACCUUUCUUGCCAUGGACCAGCUGACGUGCCUUGGUUGCACUAGUGUACUGAGCCCUGUGGACAUUACCUCAUUAAAUAUUCAAUAAAUGUUAUUUUUUUCCUAUGGCCUUUCUCUCUUCUAUAUGAGAAUAUGUAAGUAUUCACUGAAGACUUUUCUUUUACUUUUGUGAAUACCUUCACACCAUGUUGUAUUCUGUCUUAGUUAGUUAAAAAAAAAAAAAGAAAAAAAAAAAGUUGGCCGGGCACGGUGGCUCAUGCCUGUAAUCCCAGCACUUUGGGAGGCCGAGGCAGGCGAAUCUCCUGAUGUCAGGAGUUCAAGACCAACCUAACCAACGUGGAGAAACUCGUCUCUAUGAAAAAUACAAAAUUAGCAAGGCAUAGUGGCACACGCCUAUGAUCCCACCUACUCGGGAGGCUGAGGCAAGAGAAUUGCUUGAACCCGGGAGGCAAAGGUUGCAGUGAGCCGAGAUCGCGCCACUGUACUCCAGCCUGGGUGAAUGAGCGCGACUUUGUCUCAAAAAAAAAAAAAAAAAGUGAAUUAUAUUUCUUGUUAUGAGACAAAUGAACUAUUUCACACUUUCCAUUGAGGACGGCAUGUAACGCAGGUUUUUCUCUUCUAGGUUGUGGGACUGGGAAGUAUCUUAAAGUAAACAGCCAGGUACAUACCGUGGGCUGUGACUACUGUGGGCCACUGGUAGAGAUUGCCCGGGAGAGAGGAUGUGAAGCCAUGGUAUGUGACAACCUUAAUCUCCCCUUUAGGGAUGAGGGCUUCGAUGCUGUCAUCUCCAUAGGAGUCAUACAUCAUUUUUCUACAAAACAAAGAAGAAUCAGAGCAAUAAAAGAAAUGGCCAGGGUCUUAGUUCCUGGAGGCCAGCUGAUGAUUUACGUUUGGGCAAUGGAACAAAAGAACCGUCGCUUUGAGAAGCAAGACGUGCUUGUUCCAUGGAACAGGGCCCUGUGUUCCCAGCUCUUCUCAGAGUCCAGCCAGUCUGGGAGGAAGAGGCAGUGUGGACACUCAGAAAGAAGCCAUCCCUACCAUCCUCCUUGCUCUGAGUGUAGCUGUUCUGUUUGUUUUAAGGAGCAGUGGGGUUCAAAACGGUCCCACAGUGUGGACUAUGAACCUGCUAUGGCAAGAACUUGUUUUGCAAAUAUUUCUAAGGAAGGAGAGGAAGAAUAUGGAUUCUACAACACAUUAGGAAAAUCAUUUCGUUCCUGGUUUUUCUCCAGAUCUUUGGAUGAGUCGACUCUGAGGAAGCAAAUUGAAAGAGUAAGACCCUUGAAAAACACAGAAGGUUGGACCAAUAGCACUGUAACAAUCCAGCCUUCCAGACACUCUAGUUUAGACUUUGAUCACCAAGAGCCAUUUUCAACAAAAGAGCAAAACUUAGAUGAGGAAGUGUUUGUGGAAUCUUCUUCUCGAAAACACUUAGAGUGGCUGAGAGCACCAGGCACUCUGAAGCAUUUAAAUGGAGACCAUCAAGGAGAAAUGAGGAGAAAUGGAGGGGGCAGUUUUCUGGAUAGCACUAAUACCAGUGCGAAUUGUGUGGAGGCAGGUAACUUAGAAGAUGAUAAUCCUUCUGCUAGUAAAAUAUUGAGAAGGAUUUCUGCAGUUGGUUCCACAGAUUCCAAUGCAGAUGAUACAAUGUCUGUCGAAGAUCCACAGCCUGAUCUUUUGGACUCCAGAGCCUUUAUGCGCUACUACCACGUGUUUCGAGAAGGGGAGCUCUGCAGUCUGCUCAAGGAGAAUGUAUCAGAGCUUCGUAUCCUGAGUUCUGGAAAUGAUCAUGGUAACUGGUGUAUCAUUGCAGAGAAAAAGGGAAGUUGUGAUUGAUUGGAUCCUUUUAGACAACUCCUCCAAAAGACGAACCACAUUUUUUUCAUUAGGUUUGAUAUGGUUACCUGAAUUUGCAUUCAGUGUUAUUUGUUAAUACAUUUAUGAUUUGGUCUGCAGAGACUGUGAAUUAUAUGGUUGUUUUUGUUUUUAUCUUUGAAUAAGCACAGAUCCUGGCACUGAAAGCACUUGACAAAGGGUAUUUGCACUUAAAUGUUAAUAUAAAAGAUCUGAAGAAGCAACAGAAAAUGCCCUUCAGUACAGCUCAGAUUUUUUUUUAACCCCGAGAGAUAAAAUACAUUUAUAGUGUUUUUCAGUGCUACACAUGGAUUUAAAAAGAUGAUGCUGUUAAAUAAUCUUUUAAAACAGUAUUUUUAUAAAGUGAGGGGAUAAUUUCUGGUUCUCAGGUUAUAAUUGAGAGCAGUGUGCAAGAUAAUAGGUAAACUUGAUCCAUUGCACAAAUAUACAUUGAACCAUGUGAUGACUUAUCUUGCUGCCAAGGUCUUGCUUCUACUUAAAGUUUUCAGAAAACUGAGUGACAGUGGAGAGAACCAAGAAGUGUUACAAGGACUUUUCUAAAUUGUAAGCUAACUUGCUUCAAAAUAAGUUGACAUGUGAUAGUAAGGUUUUCAAUGUAACCCAGGAGGUUUUUAAAGGCACUGUUAGGCUGAGCAUGGUGGCUCACGCCUGUAAUCCCAGCACUUUGGGAGGCCAAGGCGGAAGGAUCACUUGAACCCAAGAGUUCAAGAGUAGCCUGGGCAACAUAGCAAGACCCCAUCUCUAUAAAAAAUUAGCCAGGUGUGGUGGUGCAAGCCUGUCAUCCACGCUACUCAAGAGACUGAGGCAGGAGGAUCACGUGAGUCCAAGAGUUCAAGGCUGCAGUGAGCUAUGAUUGCACCACUGCACUGCAGCCUGGACAGUCUAACAAGACUGUCUCAAAAUAAUAAUAAUAAUAAUAAUAAUAAUAAUAAUAAUAAUAAAGGCAUUGUUAGCUUGUAAGUAGUGGAGGAUGUAGGUACUAGGAGUUAUAUGCAAGUACCCAAGUGGUAUUCUUCCAAUCUUAGUAGAAGCAUGAAUAUUCAAGAUUGAUAUUACUAUUGCUUAUUAGCAAGAUUGUUAUCAAUCAUGCUUAUUAGAAGCAUGAAUAUCCAAGACCAGGAUUGACUAAUGAUGAGUCUGCAUCAAGAACGAGGCACUUCUUUUGAGUUGACAGACUCUUUAGGAAAGGAGAAUCUAGGUGAAGCACUGAUUUUGGCUCUGAGAACAAACAGAUUAAGGUACAGCAUAGUUAGCCUUGGUAGAGGUAUGACUGGGAUUUGCUGUAUCCUUAAAAAUAGUAUCUGGGCAUUUAUUUUAUUGAAGGCAACUACAUUUUAUUAGUUAUGUUAGGAAUUUAGGUAGAAUCAACUUCUACUUAUUAAAGGUUGAAUUUCUGUCACUUUGUAGAGAAAUGAAUAGACUGAACACUGUGUGGUCAGUGUUUAGAUUUGCCCGUGGGUCUGUUUAAAUUUAUGUCAUAGAUCCUGAGACACAAAUAUAAUUAAUACAGGUCUAGAGACAGGAGAAGCAGAAAUAAGCUGACCCAGGAGUACAGUCUCAAGUAGUUCAUUAAUGAGAAAAUGGACAUCUGACAGGAGUCUUUACUUUAUCCUGGCUGAAAAUCCAAAUCUUGUUUUAUUUUUUCCACUAAAAGUAACUAAAAUAAUAACGAAUUUCAUUUGCUCUUGGGUUCUUUUUUCCUUUCAUGAUUGUGCUAUAACUUCAAAUAAUGAUGUUACUUUUGAACAUUUUUAAAGCAUAUCUGAAAACGAUUGAUGUUUAUAACUCUCUUUUGGCUUCAAAAUAAGAUUGUGUUAUCACCAUUUUGGUAGAUGAGGUUGUCUGAUAAAAAUGAUGUAUAUGACUUCUACCGUUCAGUGUACAUCCUGCAGUAGUGGACGAUUGAAAACAUAUAUAAGCGGAGUACAAAUUAAAAAUUAAUUUGGUUUCUUC